AUGGCCUUUCUCACUUCAAGCUUAGAUUAUCUCAAUGUCAUCAAAAUCGAUGAAAUCCUUGGAAGUAUGACAGAAACAGUCGAUCCAGUAAUAGUAUAUGGAAACAAAGUAGAGGCUGAAGUCGUUGCUCAAGAGUACCAAGCUACUAGCCAAGGCUAUACACAAAUUGCUGAUUUGAAGAAAAAUGACAAAAAUUGUAUCAAAUUAUCAGAUUCGCCAGAGUCAGAGGUUACUGACAAUGUACAAGAUAAGAUUACUGAGGAACUAAAGCUUGUCGAUGGUGAUCAAGAAGAGAAAACGGUCAGUAUGAUGAAUGACAAGCUGAAAGAGGAAAGGAGUGGUGUAUAUGUCAUGCAAGAGCGAGAAGUGAAUAGCAUGGCGAAGAAGGAGCAGGAUCAACGAAAUGUUGUUUGUAGUAAGCAAGAGCUGAAAGUAAAUGUCCAUGGAAGAGAAACUCCAUGUAUCAGAAUCGAACAAAACAAUUCUCAGCUUACAACAUACAAAGAGCCUAUAGAGAUUGUAGUAAAACUUUCAGACAUAAUCCACACAUCCUAUCAACCCAAUUUGAAGUUGUCUGACUUGGCUGAGCAAUCAUCAGCACCAGUGAAGCACCAGGCACCACCUCCAUCGCAUCUACCACGAUCAAGAGUAACACUGGCGGAUUUGAUGUAG